UGGGCGAUAGGGGGCGGGGCCGAGUUGACGUGCACGUGCGAUCUGCGUGCGUUCCACGUGAAUUCGCGGUUUGGCUAUGUGCAGUCGAAGGUUAGUGGCUGGUCAUUUUCGGUUCUUUGGUUUGCUGGUGCGAGCGGCAAUGGGCGGGGUAAAGAGAGGCUACGCCCAUUGGUUGGGUAUUUUCUGACGAUAAGACCCCGCCCAUUUCGGCAAGCUCCGCCCACUAUUGGCGUCACGCCAGGUUGGGGUACCGCCCUCGACUUCUUCCGCAUCGUUGGUCGUGCGCGCGCCGUCGAAAUGCUCGCCAUGGGUACGGUAUUGAAGGGGGCGGAGCUUGCGGAAAAUGGGCGUGGCUUAGCUAAUCUAGUCUAUUCGAGCGAAGCGGAAUUUGAGGAAUAUGUUAACAAAUUGCUAGUGAAUAAUGUGACUCUGUUGAGGUCAAUCAAAAAAUUGGCACUUGUCCAUGAUUUGAAUGAUAAUAAUAUUAAUAUUAAUAAUAUAUAUAAUAAUAAUAAUAUAAAUAAUAAUAAUAAUGUGGAAAAUAUGGAUUUGGAAGGGAAAAAAUCAUUUUUGGAUCGCGAAGUAUUUUGUGAGAAUUGGGGCGGUGAGGCACAUUUGGCCGCCUUGAAGGCGAGUAAGAAAAUGAAAUAA